CAAGUGCUCAAGCUCAUAGUGAAAUCAUGUCUGAACCAAAAGGUGAUAUUGGUCUUAUCGGUUUGGCCGUCAUGGGUCAAAACUUGAUCCUCAACGCUGCCGACCACGGUUACACCGUUGUUGCUUUCAACAGAACCGUCUCCAAGGUUGACCACUUUAUCGAGAACGAGGCCAAGGGCAAGUCCAUCAUCGGUGCCAGAUCCAUCCAAGAGCUCGUUGACAACUUGAAGAGACCAAGAAGAAUCAUCCUGCUCGUCAAGGCCGGUGCUGCUGUCGAUGCCUUCAUCGAGCAGCUCUUGCCAUACCUUGAGAAGGGUGACAUCAUCAUUGACGGUGGUAACUCCCACUUCCCAGACUCCAACAGAAGAUACGAGGAGUUGAAGGGUAAGGGCAUCCGUUUCGUUGGUUCCGGUGUGUCUGGUGGUGAGGAAGGUGCCCGUUACGGUCCUUCGCUCAUGCCAGGUGGUGAUGCCGAGGCUUGGCCAUACAUCAAGGAGAUCUUCCAAUCCAUCUCUGCUAAGUCUGAUGGUGAGCCAUGUUGUGACUGGGUUGGUCCAGCAGGUGCCGGUCACUACGUUAAGAUGGUGCACAACGGUAUCGAGUACGGUGACAUGCAGCUCAUCUCUGAGGCCUACUACAUCAUGAAGACCGUUGGUGGCUUGACCGACAAGGAGAUUGGUGAUGUGUUUGCGCAAUGGAACAAGGGUGUCUUGGACUCCUUCUUGAUCGAGAUCACCAGAGAUAUCUUGUACUACAACGAUACCGAUGGCACUCCUCUUGUUGAGAAGAUCUUGGACCAAGCUGGCCAAAAGGGUACUGGUAAGUGGACCGCAAUGAACGCCUUAGACUUGGGUAUCCCAUUGACCCUUGUCGGUGAGGCUGUCUUUGCCAGAUGUUUGUCUGCUGUUAAGGGUGAGCGUGUCAAGGCCUCCUCUAUCUUGCCAGGUCCUCAGAUUCCAAAGGACGCCGUCAAGGACAAGAAGGAGUUCAUUGACAACUUGGAGCAAGCUUUGUACGCCUCCAAGAUCAUCUCCUACGCCCAAGGUUUCAUGUUGAUCAGAGAAGCUGCUAAGGAGUACAACUGGGACCUCAACUUCCCAGCAAUUGCCCUCAUGUGGAGAGGUGGUUGUAUCAUCAGAUCCGUCUUCCUCGGUGAAAUCACAAAGGCCUUCAAGGAGGACCCACAAUUGGAGAACUUGUUGUUCAACAAGUUCUUCACUGAUGCCGUCACCAAGGCCCAAGCCGGCUGGAGAAAGACUGUGUCUCUCACUGCUGAGUACGGUAUCCCAGCACCAGCUUUCACCACUGCUCUCUCCUUCUACGAUGGUUACAGAACUGCCUACUUGCCAGCCAACUUGUUGCAAGCCCAGAGAGAUUACUUUGGUGCCCACACCUUCAAGGUUGUUCCAGAGAAGGCCAACGACAACUUGAAGGUUGGUGAGGCCAUCCACAUCAACUGGACCGGUCACGGUGGUAACGUUUCUGCUACUACUUAUGAUGCUUAAAGCUCUCCUAUCAUCUUUCUAAUUAAAAAAUAAAGACCGUUAUGAAGAAAAGGGAAUACUAACUGUGUAGAGCCAAUCCAUCUUCAAGACCUUGUUUGAUCACGGUGACGAAAUGGUCAAUAUCAGCCUUGUCGUUGUACAGGCCCAGCGAGGCCCUGGUUCCACAUCUGUACUGGCUAACGUAGACGUUGUUGCUUGCGAAUUGGGAGGCCCACUGUUCGCCAUACAGUGGAAUGACGUUGCUAUGAGGUGAUCUCACAGCAACGUCGUCUGGACCACUGGUUUCAACUCCUAUCUUACGCAGCUCAG